GUGCCUGUGCCUGUGCCUGUGCCUCCCACUCCCACUCCCACUCCGACUAUAAAUAAAUUAUAUGUAGAUCGGACAGCGGGAGGGAAGGAGGGAGAGAGACAGAUAGCAGUACGUAGCCUAUUCAAACCCCAACCAAACACACUUUGUUCCAAGCCUUUCAAUUUCCUUUCCUACCCAUCAAAAUGACGAAGACCAGCCCAGAGGUCAUAACAUGCAAAGCUGCGGUGGUUUAUAAAUCUGGGGACCCGCUGAAGGUGGAGGAGAUACAGGUGGAUCCGCCCAAAUCCUCCGAAGUUAGGAUUAAGAUGCUAUGCGCCAGUCUCUGCCACACCGAUAUACUAUGCUGCAAUGGUUUUCCAGUCCCUUUGUUCCCCCGAAUUCCUGGACACGAAGGUGUAGGGUAA